CUAAAAAUGUUUCUUGACAAUCUCUUCUCAAUCCUCUGUUUUUUCCUAGCUGUUAACUUCGGCUACCUGUCUGCAGAACCAAAAUGCGGAGAGAAUAUGUUUUUCAGACCCAAUGGUACAUACGAUACAAACCGUAAGCUCGUUCUCUCAACUCUUGCUUCAAACGUCAGCUCUCGAGACGGCUUCUACAACGUCUCGGUUGGUGAAGGCCCUGGAAAGAUCUAUAUCUUAGGCCUCUGUAUCCCAGGGGCUGAUCCAAAGGUCUGUUCCGAUUGUAUCGAACCAGGGUCUGUCGGUUUAUCACAAAGCUGUCCGAACCAGACCGACUCAUGGGACUGGAGAGCCGACAAGACACUCUGUUUUGUCCGUUACUCCAACAGCUCGUUUUUCAAUCGGAACGAUUCAGCGCCGAUACAAGCAGAGUACUUUAGUAGAAGGUUCCAAGGGAACCUCCUUGCAGCUUAUACAAGAACAUGGGACGCUUUCAUGGAAUUUAUGCUCACCCGAGUCGGUCAACCUCGAUACCUGGCCGAUAGAUCCAAUCUGAUAGUCAUAGAUUCAGCUCCAAAAGAUUCUGAACGUAUAUACGUGCUGAUGCAGUGUAUUCCGGGGAUAUCCUCUGAGGCAUGUGAAUGCUGUAUUCGAGAAAGUGUUGGUGUGUACAAGAAAUGCUGCAAUGGGUUCAUGGGUGGAACCGUUCGCAAGCCGGUCUGCUUCUUUCGGUGGGAUGCGUAUGCAUAUCUUGGUGCCUUUGAUGCCUUUGAUGACACGCCAUCUCUACCUCCUCAAGAAUCUCAACCCACGCCGCUUACUCCUUCUCUUUCUCCUCCUCCUCCUCCAGAUGAGAAAACGAUUUCUACCGGAGCUAUUGUGGCAAUUGUCGUUUCUGCGGUUAUAUUUGUAGUGCUGCUCGCUUUAGGAUUAGUUAUUUGGAAGAGAAAACAAUCAUACAAAACAUUAAAACCUCAAACUGAUGAUGACAUGACAAGUCCACAGUCUCUGCAAUAUGAUUUUACUACAAUUGAAGCGGCAACUGAUAACUUUUCAGUUAAUAACAAACUAGGUCAAGGGGGAUUUGGUGCAGUUUACAAGGGAAUGUUACCAAAUGAUACAGAAAUUGCGAUGAAGCGGCUAUCGAGAAAUUCAGGACAAGGCACACAAGAGUUCAAGAACGAGGUUGUAAUUGUGGCCAAGCUUCAACACAAGAAUCUUGUUAGGCUUCUAGGGUUUUGCGUGGAAGGAGAUGAACAAAUACUUGUCUACGAGUUUGUUCCAAACAAGAGCCUUGAUUAUUUCCUCUUUGAUCCAACAAAGAAGAGUCAGCUAGAUUGGAAUAGACGGUACAACAUCAUAGGAGGGAUAACGAGAGGAAUUCUUUAUCUUCAUCAAGACUCAAGACUCACCAUCAUACAUCGUGACAUCAAAGCAAGUACCAUUCUGUUAGAUGCUGACAUGAACCCUAAAAUAGCGGAUUUCGGAAUGGCUAGGAAUUUCAGAGUUGACCAAACUGAAGACAGGACAAGAAGAGUGGUUGGAACAUUCGGUUACAUGCCUCCAGAGUAUGUUACGCAUGGCCAAUUCUCUACCAAAUCUGACGUCUAUAGCUUUGGAGUAUUGAUUCUGGAGAUUGUUUGUGGAAAGAAGAAUAGCAGCUUCUAUCAGAUGGAUGAUUCUGGUGGCAAUUUGGUUACACAUGUUUGGAGGCUUUGGAACAAUGAUUCACCUUUAGAACUAAUCGACCCUGCGAUUGGGGAAAGCUACGAGAAGGAUGAAGUCAUUAGAUGCAUCCAUAUCGGACUAUUAUGCGUUCAAGAAAAUCCAGAAGAUCGACCAGAAAUGUCUAUAAUCUUUCAGAUGCUUACCAAUAACUCCAUUAUUCUGCCUGUGCCUCAACCACCUGGAUUUUUCUUCAGGAACAGACCCAAUUUAGCUUUAACCUAUGGAUCCGAGCAGGGCCAGUCGAGCAGCAAGUCUAUUCCUUUUUCUAUAGACAGUGCAUCAAUCACUAGAGUCACUCCUCGUUGA